AGUUCAGGAAGAAUGAACAAUCAGUACUAUGUCGUCCUCAUUGUAUCCCUUCUAAUUCUACUUGUCAAUGUCUCAACUUCAUCCGCUCAACGACAGGUGUACAUAGUUUACCUGGGAGAGCAUCGGCAUAGCCAUAGCGGGAAGCAAACAUGGGAAGAAAUAGAAGAGAUGCACCACUCGUAUUUGCAGGCUGUGAAGGGGUCCAAGGAGGAAGCAAAAGCCUGCAUUAUUUACAGCUACAAGAACGUCAUCAAUGGCUUCUCGGCCUUGCUCACCCCUCAAGAAGCCGCUACAAUAUCAGAGAUGGAGGGUGUGAUUUCAGUGUUCCAUAGCCACCCCACGAAGUCAAGGCUUCACACAACCAGAUCAUGGCAUGGCAUGAGCUUGCUCGAAGCUAAUUGGGAUGCUACACGACAACCUAUUAAUCCAGGCCGAUUCUUGCGUAGAGCUGGAUAUGGCAAGAAUGUCAUUGUUGGGGUAUUGGAUAGUGGCGUGUGGCCAGAGUCUCAGAGCUUCAAUGAUGAGGGGAUGGAACCUAUUCCAUCAUCGUGGAAAGGGAUUUGCGAGAGUGGUGUGGCUUUCAAUUCUUCUCAUUGUAAUAGGAAACUGGUAGGAGCGCGCUACUAUUUGAAAAGUUACGAGGCCAAUUUCGGGCCCCUUGACCCGAAACUGGACUUCCGAUCACCGAGGGACAUCAAUGGUCACGGUACUCACACGUCAUCAACCAUAGGUGGCAGGAGAGUCCGCAAUGCCGCCGCAAUAGGGGGUUUUGGCUACGGAACCGCCACCGGGGGCGCCCCACUGGUGCGUCUAGCCAUCUACAAAGUCUGUUGGCCGAUUCCAGGACAAACACCGGCGGAAGGAAAUACAUGCCUGGAUGACGACAUGCUUGCCGCUUUUGACGACGCCAUCGCCGACGGGGUUCAAGUGAUAAGUGUUUCAAUUGGGAGGAACACUAGCACGCCCUACAUCCAGGAUGGUAUUGCCAUUGGAUCGUUGCAUGCCGUGAAGCGUAACAUUGUGGUAGCUUGUAGUGCUGGGAACUCAGGUCCUACGCCGUUUACCGUCACGAAUGUUGCUCCCUGGAUCAUCACUGUUGGAGCGAGCAGCAUAGAUCGGGUCUUUUCGUCACCUGUCCUGCUUGGAAACGGCGCCCAAGUACAGGGACAAUCAAUCACUCCAUUCAAGAAGGGGACGUAUCCCCUUGUUUACGCAGCAGAUGUAGAAAUUCCAGGCACCACGACAACUCUUACAAAUGGACUAUGCCUUAAUGGUACACUCUCACCACGUCUUGUGAGAGGAAAAGCUGUUUUCUGCUGGAGAGGAGAUACUUUCCAGGCACUGGAAGUGCAAAGAGCGGGUGGCGUAGCAACUGUGCUUGGAAACGUGUUUGACGGAAUAGGGGUCAUCGGCAGGCCGUAUUUGAUUCCGGGGACUGUCGUCCCUUCUAAUCAAACACUCGGUAUUUACAAUUACAUUGCAACUCAUCUAAACCCCACAGCAACUUUGACUCCAGCAAAGACUUUGAUAGGCACCAAGCCAGCUCCAUUCAUGGCUGCUUUCACCUCCAGAGGCCCUAACUUUAUCGAACCCAAUAUUCUAAAGCCUGAUAUUACCGCUCCAGGGCUGAAUAUUCUGGCAGCCUGGAGCGAGGCUUCUUCUCCUCUAAACGUGCCUUCCGACCGUCGAGUUGUUAAGUUCCAAAUCGAUUCUGGAACGUCUAUGGCGUGCCCUCAUGUCGCAGCAGUAGCUGCACUUCUCAAGGCCAUACAUCCAGACUGGAGUAGCGCGGCUAUAAGAUCUGCCCUUAUGACCACCGCAAAACUAAGCAACAAUGUAGGCAAGCCAAUAACAGAUUCACUCGGAAAUACUGCUACGCCAUUCCAAUACGGGGCAGGCCACAUCCAGCCAUCAAAAGCUGCUGAUCCGGGACUCGUAUAUGAUGCUUCUUACACUGAUUAUCUCCUGUUCCUGUGCAGCAGCAGCAGUAAUUUACUGGAUCCAUCUUUCACCUGCCCCCAAGUUUUACCUUCUCCGAGCAAUUUUAACUAUCCGUCACUUGCAAUUUCUAAUCUGAGAAGCGUUUUGACGGUCAGGAGAAGUGUUACAAAUGUAGGCAUGGGAAACUCGACGUAUUCAGUAACGAUCAAUCCGCCACCUGGUUACUCGGUCCGAAUUUCACCGGCGACCUUGUAUUUCGGUGCAGCAGGGGAAAAGCAGAACUUCAGCAUUACAGUGAGAGCUGGACGUGCUGCCAGGAGAAAUGUGUUUGCAUUUGGUUGGUAUAGUUGGAGUGACGGGAUUCAUCUAGUAAGAAGUCCAAUUUCAGUAUCAAAGGCAUAAUUGGAAUAUUUCUCCAUUUUGCCAGUUUAACGAUUGUUGCUGGUCGUGCCGCUUUCUUUUCUUUCUUUCCAAUUUUAUUUUUAUUUUUUCCUGUUUUUUUGGGUAUUAUGCUCCUCAAUAAUUAUG